AUGUGCAAACAGAAUUUAUUUAUCUUAGCUUUCGUUCACAGUUCUCCAAACAAUGUGAAAGAACGCAACCAGAUCCGAUUAACGUGGGGUGGAGACAAAACCUUCAAUGGAAAAGAUUUUAGGACUGUGUUUAUGUUAGGAGAUCCACUGAACAGCACAAUUCAACGGAUUAUAGUUGAAGAAGCCAGGAAAUAUAAAGAUAUUGUACAAGGUGAUUUUAAGGACUCGUAUAGGAACCUCACAUAUAAACACAUCAUGGGCUUGUCGUGGACUAUUCGUAACUGCCCUAACGUGAGAUAUAUUUUGAAAACGGAUGAUGACACAAUGGUUAACGUUUUCAAUAUGAUGGAGUAUUUGAAUUUUACUGAGCAAAACAAAAACUUUCUGUACUGUUCGAUUUUCACGGUGCAAACUCCGUUUCGAUUUUUUACUAAAUGGCUUGUUUCCAUAUUGGAAUAUCCAUUUGCAAAAUACCCCUACUACUGUCAAGGAUUUGCUUACUUAAUGACACCAGAUGUGGCUGAAAAGCUUUUAAAUGCUUCAGAAUGCGCUAAAAUGUUUUGGAUAGACGACGUAUAUGUGACUGGCAUAUUGAAUGUUUACGCUAAUGUACCAUUUCUGCAGAUGACUUCAAAUCAUUCAUUUACUAUUAUGAAGAAAGAAAACCUUGGGGCGUCUGUCAAGAAUGUAAUGUUUAUACUUUCUAGGAAGAAAAGAAUGCGAGAGUCAUGGAAUACUGCUUGGAAUUCUAUAUUAAAAUAUUCCAGAGGGUAG